CUCGCGCUGGCUCUGACUGAGUUUGUCAGUUUCCUAAAAUAUAGCGAGGACGAGGACCUGUGUCUGUCUCUGUGUGUGUGUGUUUCUGCUGGAGACACUUUGAUAAGAAAAAACUCUCCGUAUUUAGAGAAGCACCGGGAGGGCAGAGGGAAACGCAGAUCUUGAGGAGGAAUCGCUGUCUGUAAUAUCGUCUCCCUUGUAUCUGUCCUCCAAAUUUAAAGCUGAAGAGGAGGUCCUACUCCUUCUCCAGAGGAAACUUUCAGCAAGCCAUGCCAAACUGAUACUGAAGUAACAGAGGUGACAGUGAAACUAUGUGUUAAGCACUGUCUGUUGAACUCUGAACUACCUGCCUUGAACCCACUGAUAUUCUUCUCCGGCUGUUAGAGGAAGUCGUUUUGGCAAUGGGAAGGAAGAAGAUCCAGAUCACCCGGAUCGUGGAUGAGAGGAACCGCCAGGUGACUUUCAUGAAGAGGAAGUUCGGUCUGAUGAAGAAGGCCUAUGAGCUGAGUGUUCUGUGUGACUGUGAAAUCGCCCUCAUCAUCUUCAACAGCUCCAACAAGCUGUUCCAGUAUGCCAGCACCGACAUGGACAAAGUCCUACUGAAAUACACAGAGUACAACGAGCCACACGAGAGCAGAACCAACUCUGACAUUGUAGAGGCCCUAAACAAGAAGGAGCACAGAGGCUGCGAUAGCCCCGAUGCUGAUGCCUCCUAUGUCCUCACCCCGAAUACUGAGGAGAAAUACAAGAAGAUUAAUGAAGAGUUUGACAACAUGAUGAAGAGUCAUAAAAUUUCCACAGUUCUUCCACAGCAGAACUUCAUGCAUGUAACACCAGGCAGCAUGUCAUACAGCUCCAGCGCAGGAGGAGGAGGUGGAGGAGCGACCUCCCAAGCUCUAGCUGCAGCCACGGCAGCUCUGGCUGACAGUGGGAUCCUCUCAUCACCUCACACACACCUCCACAGAAACAUAAACUCUCCACAGAGACCUCCCAGCACUGGAAACGCAGGUGGCCUGCAUGGCAGCUCUGAUUUGGUUCUGCAAAAUGGGUCUGGAUCAGUUGUGAACGGUUUUGUGGGCUCACCUGGUGGAAGCAACUUGGGAAAGAUCAUACCACCCAAAUCUCCUCCUCUUCCACCUCCUGGGAACAGCCUGGUCCCUACCAGCCGGAAGACAGACCUCCGAGUGGUCAUCCCUCAGUCCAAAGGAAUAAUGCAAACACUGAGUAACCAGAGGCUAAGCGCCAGCCAGUCCAGCCAGCCUCUGUCCACCCCAGUGGUCUCCGUCACCACACCCAGUCUGCCUCACCAGAGUCUGGUCUACUCUGGCAUCAGCUCUGCCUACAAUAACGAUUAUUCCCUGAACAGUGCAGAGCUGUCGGGUUUCAGCUCCUCUGCAGGUCCAUCUCUGGGCUCCAUGGUGGCAUGGCAACAUCACCAGCUGAGCUCACUGGGGUCGGGGAACUCCAAUCUCUCCAUCAACACCAACCAUAACGUCAACAUCAAAGCCGAGCCGAUCUCCCCACCCCGCGACCACCUCAGCCAAUCAGGGUACAUGACCCAGCCUCACGUCCCUCCUCACCAUCAUCACUCCUCCACCUCUUCAUCCACCAGAGCGGAGAUGGGGAGGUCUCCUGCAGACAGCAUCACCUCCUCCUGCAGCUCCCACGAAGGGGGCAGUGACCGGGAAGAGCAGCAGAGGCUGGACUUCCACUCGCUCCCUGUGAGCCGGUCAGAGAGUCCGACAGUCAAGCGAAUGCGAAUGGACAGCUGGGUAACAUAAAUCUCACAGUCAUGUGACGAUACAACACCAGGGCAAACACAGGAAGGACACUGUUAUGCAAAUGAAAUGUGGAUUUUAUUGAUGUGUUAUUUUUUGUUAAGCUAUCUCUGUUUGGUUGGUUGGUUGGUUGUUUGUUUUUUGUUGUUUUGGUGGUCAGACUUUUGAAAAGGGAUCUGUCAGGAUCAUCUCAACUUUUAGAAAGAUCUGCAGUGGUACUUAAAACAUUUUAAAAUAUAAACCAUUUAAGCAUCGCAGACUGAUAAUGUGGGUCCAAUUGCAGUACAAUCAUGUCAUUUUCUUAUCCAGUGGGAUGCAGUUCAGUACACAGAGGUGAAGCACCUCUGGAUGUCUCCCACUGGGUGUCACCAAAUUCAUUUUUGAUCUUCUCAGGGUUUGAAGGAUUGAGAGAACAUGAAAGCAAUACUCCCUCCACAUCACCCCUGUAACUCCUCUUUAUAAAAACACUUAUUUAUAUCAGCCAAAGCAGUAUGCUGUUUUUAUGUUUUGUGUGUUUUUAUAUUGUGCACAGAAUAAGACAAUAUUUCUUUCAGAUUUAAAACUAAAAGCCAUGGACACUUCGUUAUGUACGUACCGAAAUAUGUCAUUAUUUGUUUUGUAUAUACUAUCUUUAAUAUAUAUCACUUUUGGUGUAACUGUAUAUUGUUAAUCUGUCUGUUGUAUCUGCCUGGGUGAAAUAUGACACCUCCAUCAGAUUUUAAA